AUGGAAGCGGCAGGUUUGAAAGACUGGGAAGUGGGCAUCUGCCCGGAUGCACACAGCAUCAACAUCAGUCCCUCCCACGUGCCUGAUGACAUGAAGGUCCUAGUGGGGUUCUCCUCUGGGCAGGUCUUCUUGCUCUGGAAUCCACACUAUGGCCAUCGAGAAUGCCAGCCCCUGCAGAAAGUGGGCAUCUUCCUGGACUUUGACAGGGGACAAGUGGCAUUUUCUGAUGCCACAGAUGGAUCUCUUCUCUUCUCUGUAGUCUCCCUCACCAACAUGCCCCUGCUUCCCUCAACAUCUGCCCCCUCCACUCUCCACCAGAUGUCUAAACAGAGGUCACAAUUCCCAUGGGAACCCCAUGACUUCCAGGACCUCAGAACCACAAAUCAAGCACAUCACUCUUCUUUACCACCCACAUGCAGCAGCUCUACAAAGAAAAAGCUCCAGGCCAAAGAGCCAGCCUUCUCUGUCCUGGGACCAGCAUCUGAGAAGCCAGGCAACAUGGAUGCCCGGUCUUGGGUGGGACAACUCAAGGACGAACUGACGUGCCCCAUCUGCCUGGGCUACUUCAGGGACCCUGUGACUGUGCGGUGUGGACAUAGCUUCUGCACCCCAUGUCUCCUCCGCUGCUGCCAGGGAGCCCAGGCAACAUUCGAGUGCCCUCGCUGCUGGGGAACCAUCCACCGCGGAGACUGGAUGCCUAACAGGAGCCUGCAGAAUCUGUGUCUCACUGGCCAAAGGCUCAGACCUCACCUGCUGCACAGCCUAGUGGGCCCCACCACCUGUGGGCAACAUGGGAAGAGAGAGGAGCUCUUCUGUGAGGAGGACCGGGCCGCCCUCUGUGAAUGCUGUUCCUCAGCCCCACAGCACGAGCAUCACCAUGUCCUGCCCUUGCAGGAGGCAGCUCAAGGGAGGCGCCAGAUGCUCCAGGAGGCACACACUCUCCUGCAGGCCAAGGAAGAGGAACUCCAAAUGGCCCUGGCCAGCGUGGCCCGAAGUGAAGCCCGGUGCCAGGUGGAGGCAAACAUCUUGGUGUGUUCACUUGGGUCUGAAUACGAGAAGAUGCAUCAGCUCCUUUGGGAGGAAGAAAGGAGACAGGUGCAGCAAGUGCGGCUGCAGAGCACACGCAACCUGCACCAGUACGUGGAGAACAGGGUCAAACUGGAGCAGCAGAUGCAGCAUCUGCAAGCCAUGAUCGAGGAAGUGCAAGACACCUUGGACAAGGAACCCCUGCAGAUGCUCCAGGAUAGGAAGGACAUCUUGGAGAGGAAGGAGGAGCUGCUGCUUCUGGAACCCAACAUGGCUUGCCCUCACUGGGACAGCCAGCCCAUCACUGGUCUCAGAGAGAUGCUCAGGAGCUUCCACAGAGAUAUCACCAUGGAUCCCCAAACGGCCAGUCCUCACCUCGUGCUCUCCCAGGAUCUCAAGAGUGUCUGUUGUGGGGGGGCCCCUCAGGACCUGCUUGGCCGGGAAGACACUUCCUUCAAUACUCUGACUGUCCUCGGGGCCCAGACUUUCUCCUCCGGAAAACAUUAUUGGGAAGUGGAGGUGGCAGGUCUGACAGAAUGGGAAGUGGGCAUCUGCCCGGAUGCACACAGCACCAACAGCAUUCCCUCCCACGUGCCUGAUGACAUGAGAGUCCUAGUGGGGCUCACCUCUGGGCAGACCUUCUUGCUCUGGAAUCCACACUACGGCUAUCGAGAAUGCCAGCCCCUGCAGAAAGUGGGCAUCUUCCUGGACUUUGACAGGGGACAUGUGGCAUUUUAUGAUGCCACAGAUGGAUCUCUUCUCUACAGUCAUGCUCGCCAAGCUUUCCAAGGACCUCUUCGCCCUUGCUUCUCUCCUUGCUUUCCCAAUGGCCGACAUGCCCCUGCUUCCCUCAAUAUCUGCCCACGCCACUCUCCACUAGAAGCCAGACCAGAGGUCACAAUCCCCAAGGGAAUCCCAUGA